AUGUAUAAGAUAGCAAGCCCAUCGGAGUAUCUAGUUAUCACCGGUGCCGGAAUCAAAGACAUCAAGAUCGCAAAGAAGUCAUGGGUGCUCCCCGGCCAGUCCUCGGUGGUCAUCGACCUAUCUCCAGUCAACUACACCUUCGAAGUCCAAGCCAUGAGCGCCGAGAAGCUUCCUUUCAUCCUCCCCGCCGUCUUCACCGUCGGUCCACGCGCCGAAGACAUGGAGGCCCUCCAGAAGUACGCCAAGCUCAUUUCCAACCACGACAAGAACUCCAACCAUGUCAAGGAGCUCGUCCAGGGCAUCAUCGAGGGCGAGACACGUGUGCUCGCGGCCUCGAUGACGAUGGAGGAGGUCUUCAAGGGGACUAAAGAGUUCAAGAAGGAGGUUUUCGAGAAGGUUCAGCUGGAGUUGGAUCAGUUCGGGCUUUUGAUAUACAAUGCCAAUGUUAAACAGUUGGUGGACGUUAGGGGACAUGAGUAUUUCAGUUACUUGGGGCAGAAGAUUCAGAUGGAGGCUGCCAACCAGGCCAAGGUUGACGUGGCCGAGGCCAAAAUGAAGGGAGAGGUUGGCUCUAAGCUGAGGGAGGGGAAGACUUUGCAAAACGCAGCCAAGAUCGACUCCGAGACGAAGAUCAUUUCGACUCAGAGGCAAGGGGAGGGGAAGAAGGAGGACAUUACGGUGAAAACGGAGGUCAAGGUUUAUGAGAAUCAGAGAGAAGCUGAGGUGGCUAAAGCGAAUGCUGAGCUGGCAAUGAAGAAGGCAGGGUGGGCUAAGGAGGCUCAGGUGGCCGAGGUUGAGGCGGAGAAGGCGGUGGCGAUGAAGGAUGCGGAGUUGCAGAAGGAGGUGGAGAGGAUGAAUGCAUUGACUAUGACUGAGAAGCUCAAGGCUGACUUCUUGAGCAAGGCUACUGUCGAAUAUGAAACCAAGGUACAAGAGGCAAAUUGGGGGUUGUACAAGCAACAAAAAGAGGCGGAAGCAAUUCUUUACCAGAGGGAGAAAGAAGCGCAGGCUCAAAAAGCAAUGGCAGAGGCAAAAUUCUAUGCAUGUAAACAAGCAGCUGAUGGAGAAUUCUAUGCCAAGAAGAAAGAGGCUGAGGGACUAAUUGCACUUGGACAAGCCCAGGGUGUGUACCUGCGCACUCUUUUGGACUCAUUGGGAGGCAACUAUGCAGCCUUGAGGGACUUCUUGAUGAUCAAUGGUGGGAUGUUUCAAGAAAUUGCUAAGAUUAAUGCCGAGGCUGUGCGAGGGCUUGCGCCAAAGAUUAGUAUCUGGACUAAUGGCGGGGAGGGCGUGGAUGGUGGUGGCAACAAUGAAAAUGCAGCUAUGAAGGAGGUUGCUGGAGUUUACAAGAUGUUACCACCGUUGUUCAAGACAGUGCAUGAACAAACUGGAGUGCUGCCUCCCAGUUGGAUGGCUACUUUGCCUGAUAAAUCUCCGUCAGGCAGCUCUGGCGACUUGACUUCAAAUUGAAAUGUGCACAUGCA